CUAUGCUUGGGGAAGCAACUCCUGUGGGCAGCUGGGUAUAGGUAGCGUACAGGAUCAAUUUGUACCCAAGGAGGUGGGGGACAUCCAGAGGUAUUACGUGGCAUCAAUAGCUGCGGGGGGAGAGCACAGUAUCAUGGCGAUAUCUUGGGGACGUGUAGUAUCUUUUGGAUCAAAUGCUGUAGGCCAGCUUGGAAUUGGCCGGAACAAUCAAGGUCGUGACGUGAUUCGUUGUAGCCCAUCAAUU